ACCUUUCAGUACGAUCUCCUACGUCGUCGAGUUCGGUCGGUUCGGUCUCGAUAGGAUCGCUGGAUCGUUGAUCGCGGGGUUUAUCGAACAGUAGUGGUGCGGGGUGGUGCUUCUCACCUGGAAAGUCAGUGAGGGGUGCUAAUUCUGCGGUGUAGAAUUUAGGAGCGAAGCGAAGUGAGUGGAAGAAGCAAACCUGCUGCAGUGCAGCUAGUGCCUGGCCAGACCAGCUGUGACGGCAUUCUCUCCGGGACGCGACGGUGACAAACGAAAGGCCAAGACAGCGCAGAGGCUUCAUGCUUGGUAGCAGAUGGAUUUGCAAUAAUCCGCUGAUCCGGGGCGAGCCAGCAGUGCACACUAUACGGAAUGGAUAUAGCAGUGUUUUUAUAUUGGCAAUAGACGAGAGAGUGUCUACCUAAUGAACGACGACAUCGAUAAACAGAGCGCUGCUGUGAUCUAAGUGAAAGAGAGUUGUUGUAUAUCGAAGGGAAAUGCAGUAAAAAGCAUGCAAAAGAGACAAGCCCUCGAACAAAAGAGUGUCUUGUGUGAAGUUGAAGUUUAAAUCGUCCGGCAAUGAUCAAGACGAUGACGACGGCUAGUGAGUAUCAGGCGCGGUGUGGUCAAAGCAUAAGAGCAAAACUUAAUGUUUGAACAAGGAGUAGUGAGAAAGGCAAGAAAAAAAAACAAGUGAAAACGUUGAUCUUUUCAAGUAGUGCGAAGUCCAAAACUAGCGAGAAGACUGUAGUUGGGGAUGUUGAUGGAAAGACGUGUUUUUUUGUUGUUGCUUCGUCGACAGAGAAUAGCGAAGAAGGUAAAGUUGCUGUGACGAAGACAUAGUUGGAUAUACGAAGGUUGCGGGGACCGGUGGCGAUGUGGAGUGUGUGAUCCGGGCAAGCCGGACUAUGAUGAUACGGUCGCUGUCGCCGACCUCGUUGGUGGUGGGAUGAAGAGUUUUUGGUAGCGAAAACGGUUGUCGUCCGCAGUGUGGAGGAAGAAAAGACACGGUGUCCCUGUGAACGUUAUUAGCAAGGGAAAUUACUUCAAACGUUUGGUGGUUGCUUAUUACAGCUGAAUUGUUUUAAUUUGGAAAAUGUUUUCGGUGCAAACUACCCCCACGCCACGCCGCCGCCCGCCCAGGCUGUAGAAAAUUUACCAAACGAAGCAAAUUAAGACAGAGCCGUUUGUGUCCAGCAUGGCGAUGAGCUCGAAGUCAAGCCGGACGGUGACUGGCAUCGAUUGUUUGGAUCGGCAUGGGAGCAAACUGUAUCAAGAAGAUCCAACUUCGAACAAAUGUGUGAAGUAGGUAAAGUUCCCGAAGAACGUAAGGGCAAAAAACCUGAUUCGGCCAACAGCACCCCCAUCGCACACAGGAAGACAUCAGUUCUGAGUUCUCGGGGCUCGAGUGCCGCAAAUGAGAAUAUAGAUAACUGAGAUAAGUGGUGUGGUGGAACGCCAAAUGUGAAGCCUAAAACGUGGUGAACAACGAUAAAGGAAACGACAACAGUAUCAGAAAUAAGAAGGAAGAAAAAAAAGGCAAGUGAAGAAGUGAGAGUGUGGGUGGUGAGGGAGGACACGGUUCAAGAAUCUUUAAUGGAUUGGAGCAGUCGGAAAGCAAAAAGCAGGAAGAGGCCGAUUCAUGCUACAAAUUUCCUCUCGCCAUCAUCAUCAUCAUCUUCAUUAUCAUCGUCGAGCAGCUCCGAAGUAGCCGUUGUCUGAAGCUUCGUUAGUGGCUCGUUCUCCCAGCGCAGCGGAGAAGUCGUGGGGAAGUAUUGCAAUUGUCUUCCUGCACGCCAUCCAUCAUCCAGCGCAUAACCAGAUUGAACCCGCAUUGGACCCCAGAUCUGGUCACACCCACUCGGAUUGGGACUGGUGAGUCCCUUCAGUAAACACCAACAUCCGGCCAGCCAACCAUGGCCGAUUACUGCAAUGUGCGUAACGUUGGCAGCGGUGCUGCCAACAGUAUGGGGACAUUCCGGCCGGGGCCUCCCACAUCCCUGGGAUACCACCAUAACACCCUAACUCGGACAACGAAGAUCGGCGUUUCGUCGCUUGGUGGAUCGGGAUCAGGGUCGGGUGCCAGCGUUGGUGGUCUAACGAUGGCCGAGGUCAAAGAACGCAUGGGUUCGAUCGACGGGUCUUGCCAGGGCGUGCGUCUGGUACGAUUGACUCGACCGCAAAGCUACUCGCAUGGACAUUUCAAUGGGGGUGGAAAUUUUGGCUUCUCGAUCCGGGGCGGGCUGGAGUACGGGACGGGGUUUUUCGUGUCAGCCCUGGAGAAAGAUAGCGAAGCCGAUCGGCAGGGGUUGCAGGUGGGCGACCAAAUCGUUCGAGUCAAUGGUUAUCACGUGGAUGACGCCGUGCAUAGGGAGUUGGCCCAGUUUGUGUCAUGCCAGGAAAGGCUUGUGCUGAAGGUUCGCAGCGUUGGAAUACUGCCAGUUAAAGAACGUUCAGCGGACCCCUUAACGUGGCAUGUUGUCCCCGUCAACGCCGGCUCAGGUCCACCACCCUCACACAACUCCCUUCCCAUCAAUGGACCCAAAAAGCAUCCACAUCGUAGCGACCUGGAGCGUACCAGCUGCAGUAGCAGCAACUCCAGUACCGGCAGCUCCGGCACCUUGGAGGAACUUCCCGGCGGUCGGGAUAUCAAAGUGGUGCUCUCGGUGGCACCACGCACCAAGCUGGGAUGCGGAAUUUGCAAAGGUCCAGACUGGAAACCGGGCAUUUUUGUGCAGUUCACUAAGGAGGGAGGCGUCGCUCGAGAGGCAGGAUUACGUCCGGGCGAUCAAAUACUAUCGUGCAAUGGAAGGGAGUUUGCGGACAUUACGUUCGCUGAGGCGGUCAGCAUCAUGAAAGCGUCCCAGGUGCUGGAGUUGACAAUACGGUCGGGCGCGGGGAUCGAUAUGUUCCCCGGAGAAUCUAGCGGCUACAAUAGUAGUGCGAGUAGCGUCAAUGGGGAUCAGAGCCCAUGUUGGGGUGAUUCAACGGCGAAGCGGCUGAGCAUCGUGCGAGAAGAAUCGAUUUCGAAAGAUCGGAGGUCAAUAGGGCAGAGAGCGGAGAAAGCGGGACCAAAGAGUGCGGGUGGCCACCGCCGGAACAAUACGACUAUUAUUGAAUUUUCCGAAAAUGGAACCGUUGUUAAUAGUACACUGAUUUCGCAGGAUGGGGCAGAGAAGAGGGAGAUCGAGGACAAAGAAGGUAGCAAAAAAUUGGCCGAUAUAUGCUUCGUUUCAAAACAAAGCGAGACCAAAACGGUCAUUGUUGAAGUUCAUCGGAGCGCAUCAACGAAUUCGAUUGCUACGGGCUCCCCGACGUCGUCUAGUGGUGUUAGCACUGUCUCUUCGGGGUCAACUUCGCAUAUACCGCCUCCACCGCCACUUUUUGCAGAUAAAAUUCCACCGCCCCCUCCGCCCUGCAGCGGACUUAGCAGUGGCUAUUCGACUACCAACAGCGCUAAAUCUGCUGGUGGAUUAGGUGGCAUUGGAGGUCAGCACCAGCAGCGCAGCCCUUCGUCGGUAAGUUUGGCUGAUUCCAGCGCCAGCAGUGGCAUCGAUUGUGGAUCCUCGAAUGGCAGCGGUGGCAUUGGCGGGCUGGGUAAUGCAAUUUCAGAGGAACUGAAGCGAAGAGCACAGAAGAAGGGCACUCUAUCUUCGACGGCUCAGGAACCGGCCGCAGCGCUCACCGAACUGGAAAAUAGGUUAAAAGAAAAGCGAUUAAGGCCCAUGGCGAACUCGAGUAGCGACGCGGCACGACAUUCCGCGCUGAUGGACGAGUUCCGGGCGGUGCACAAGCGCAUGUUCAAGAAUGGAUUCGACAAUGCGGAACUCAAGAAAACACCUUCCAAAGAUAAGUUACCGAAUGAGGCAACCACAUCGACCACAACGUCCAGCGAAAUAGGCGGUCAAGGUAAGGGAACGAUGGGUCGUGUCGCAGCAUCCGAACUGGCCAAAGCCAGUGGUGACAUUGCCGAGCUGGAAUCGAUAGAAUCAUUCCAGCUGACGAACCCAACGCCCACCACAGUACGACCUCCGUCGUACUAUUUCUGCCCACAGAACACCGGUCCGGCCACGAUGAAAAAGUCCCAGAAACCGAUCGCAGUUACCAUCAGCGAGUACAAUGGCGUUGGCAGUGGUGGUGGUGCAAUCGCCUCCGAUCUACCAAAGAAGCCCUCCUCCGUGAUAGGGAACUUGAAGUACGAGCUGGAGAAGACCCUGUCGCUGUCCAACCUGCGACAGCGUAGCGAAUCGCGGGAGGAUCUGGUCGAGCGGAUCCAGAUUGGAUGCGGACAGCAGAAGGAACAGGGACCCAAACUGAGCAGAAGCUCGUCGGCGGUGACGACGGUUUCAAAUGGCAAUCGCAUAACGAUUGCUAUUUCCAAUGAAAAGAAGUAGGGAUGCGCACUGGUAUGAUUGUUAGUGUUAGCGUUGUGAGCUGAAUGUUGAAUGUUAUGAAUGUGUAAGAUUAUUUCGUAAGUUUUAGAUUAGUAAGAUUUGAUUUUCUCCGAUUUGCUGAUGCUGAGAUUAUUGGAACGUUCAAACUUGCCGAAUAACUCUUUAUUUUUUUUGGAUAAUAUUUUGUCAUACCGUGUAUAGUUAAACGAUAUAUUGAUAAGAAUUAUGUUUUUGGUAAACGUACUUUGCACGGCAGAGUAGGUGGCGCGUUCCGUCCAAUUUUCAUGUGAAAAAUAUGCUCAAAACCAUUAUGUAAAAGAUGUAUGUAUUUAUACUUGUUUAUAUGCGAACGAUUGUA